UUUUCUUUUUUCUAACUUAAUGCUGUAAAUACAAUAUGCCCUCUAUAGAUUCAAUUGAUCGAGAUUUAUUUCCAACAUCUGCAGCUAUUUCAGAUUCAAAUAUUCAAUACGAUGCUACAAGUAAUAUCAACAAAACUUUUUCAAAAAGACAUUCGUUUCUGAGUUCGAUACCCUCAGAAGAAAUGAACUUGACAGCAUCCUGGAGGAUGAAAUUGCUGGUAUUAGCAUGUAUGUUGUCUUUACCAGUGGGUUGUCACUACUUGGAAGCAACGAUUGGAACACUGAAAACUGUGUUAAAACAUUCAAUGCAGAUCAACAAUACACAGUUCAGUAUUCUUCUAUCAUCUGUAACACUUGUAAAUACUGUCUUGCCCUUACUAGCAGGUGUAUUUAUCGAUGACAUCAACAGCCUUGGAUCCAUUCGUGCCACUACACUCGUGAGCUGUGUGAUUCUCUUGGGUAGCAUUCUUGUCUCUGUUGGCAGUAGUUAUAACAGUUAUGCAUGUAUGAUGACAGGUCAAAUCAUUUAUGGUCUUGGUGGAGGCAUGAUUGUUACAAUGCAGGAAGGCAUUCUUUCUCGAUGGUUUAGAGAUAGAGAAGUGGCUAUUGUGAUAGGCAUCAUGCUUUGUGUUGCUCGGUUGACAAAAUUCAUUGCAAAACUAGUAGCCUAUCCCAUCUUGAAUGCGACUAAUUCAAAAGAACUUUGGCCCAUUCACAUUGCCACCUUUUUUUGCGCUGGUGGAGCAGUUGUCAAUCUGACUUAUUGGAUUGUCAUGUGGCGUAAAGGAUUGGUCACUUCUUCUGGAAAAGAAAUUGUGCGAUAUCAGGGCAGAUACAAAAAUGAAUUUGAUAAGCAACAACCAGACAAGAAAGAAAACAUCAAUAUUUCAGCUGAUGAUCUGUCUUAUCACGCAAAUGUCAACCGUGCAUCAAAAAAGCCGUUUAAAUGGUCUUGUAGAAUCCUUACAUUUAUCCCAAGUACAUUCUGGAUGGUGCCUUGGAUUCAAUUGUCUAUGUCAAGUGUGCUGAGUAGCUUUGAUGAUGUAGCAACUGAGUUUGUAGAAUUUAGAUAUAAUACAACAAGUAUCAUGGCUGGUUAUCAAAGUAGUUUGACACAAGUAGUGCCCAUUGUAGCAGCACCUAUUAUGGGUAUUUUAGUUCAUCGUUACGGAAAGCGAUUGACAAGCUUGUUUUUUGCAACUUUAAUUUUGAUUACUUCUAUGAUCUUAUUGGCCUACACUUGGGUUACACCCGCUGUAGGUAUGAUUAUCUUUUCAUUUGCACUUGCGUUGGGACCAGUCUCUUUACUUAGUUCCACAUCUCUCUUGCUUCCUCAUGAGCUGGCUGGUACAGGCAUGGGUCUUCACAAAUGUGCCAACAAUAUUGGUACGACCAUCCUGUCUGUCCUUGUAGGCUAUGUUCAGGACUUAACAUACCAUGACGGCAAUCCCCAUGAUGAUCAAACAGACUUACAGUCUGAAUAUGAUGGUGUCAUGAUUCUAUAUGUUGCACUAGCAGGAUUAUCUAUCCUAAUAGUGGUUAUCUUUUGGCUUUUGGAUAACAAACUCCUUGAUGGUUGGCUUCAGACUGAUAAAAAGGAACGUGAUCGCCGUUUAGAAUUAGUAGAGACAAAAGAAGAAGAUGAAAAGACACUGUAUCUGCAUGCAGCACAAGAAGAACUAGAAAAAGUAAACAGAGAGAAAUUAGAGGCACUUAAUAGAAUUGGAUCAAAGCUAAGAGAAACAAAGACAUACAAGUUCAUUGGUUUCUAUUGCUUUUGGCUCUUUGUUGCUUGGGUCAUUUUCUUUACUUUUGCGCUCAUGCCUGUAUAUCAAAAUUAUAUGUAAAUAUCAUCUUACUCUAAUAAACACCUUUUACCCUCUUUUCUC